GCUCUACAGGUGGGAAGUGGGCAUGAUUUGAAGAAAAACAAAGAUGGUAUUUGUGAUUAAGUCAAAGCAUAGGGUGCCAGCAUGAAUGAAAACAAUAAAAUCCAGAAAAAAAUAAGAAACGAUUUCUCCUUUUCCCUCUAAUCUCUCUCUCUCUCUGUGUCGUGGCUCCUCGAUUUUGUUCCUGCAGAGCCCUACCUGGAUCUGUAAGUUAUUUUCAUUUUUCUUAUUAUUUAACUUAUCCGUAUAUUGUCGUAGAGAUCGAAUGCAUUCAAUUCAACCCAAUUUUGAUCUCUUUUGACGUUUUCACAUUAAAGUUAUGCAUCUGCAACUUAUGAGCGAUCUCAUAAACCCUAGAUCUUGCUGUCUUCGCUUUUUUAUGGAUUUGAUUUAGGGUUUUAAUUUUUGGAUCUCGAGGUUUUGGUUGCAUUACAGCUCGAAUUUUGGGGUAUUGGAGGAGCGAGCUGUAAAUUGGGAACAAUUGAAGGGUAUAGAGGUCGUAUUUUUGUAGAUCCUUGGGGUUAAGGUUGUUAUUUUAGAUGGCUUCCAACCCUCCAUUUCAUGUGAUGGAGGAUCAGACGGAUGAGGAUUUCUUUGAUAAAUUAGUCGACGAUGAUUUUGGUCCCACCAGUUCAGGGUCGGUCCCUAAGUUCACGGAGGGCAGCGAUUCCGAUGAGGCGAAAGCGUUUGCCAAUAUGAGUAUUGAGGAUGCAAGCGGUGAAGGUGGAGUUGAUGGCAAAGAUGAGAAUGAUUUGGUGCAUGCAAGUGCAGGAUUAUCCAGUGCACAUGCUUUAGAAAGUGAUACAUUGGAUUUAUCCAACUCAUUGGGGUCCAAUACUAUAGUUGAGUCAAAAAAUGAUGGGAUUGAAUCAGAGGCUGUAUUGGACCCAGUAAUAAGUAAAACCAGCGCAUCAACAAAAUCAGGGGCUAAGGAGGUGGGGUGGAGUUCAUUUUAUGCUGAUUCUGUACCUAACGGAAAUCAUGAAUUUGGUACAUAUACAGAUUUUUUUAAUGAUUUGGGAGAUAUGUCAGGGGAUUUUCCCGGGAAAGUUGAUGAAGCCUCUAAUUUAGAGAAAAAGGAUGGUGACGGAUUGCAUAAUUCAGUUAGUUAUGGGGAAUAUCAAGAUAGCACACAAAGUUAUGGAGGAUCCAUUGAAGAGAGUGUAAAUUGGCAGGAUUUGAAUAACAAGCAGUGUUGGGAGAACAUGUAUCCUGGGUGGAAAUAUGAUGUCAACACAGGGCAGUGGUAUCAAGUGGAUAAUUUUGAUGUAACGGCAAGUGUCCAAGGGAGUUCUAAUGUUAAUGCAGCAAAUGAAUUGGCGGCAGUUUCGGAUGGGCAAAUAGAAAUGAAUUAUUUGCAGCAGACUUCACAAUCUGUGGUUGGAACUGUGGCUGAGAAUAGCUCAUCUGAGAGUGUGUCUACUUGGAAUCAGGUAUCUCAGGGGACUAAUAAUGGUUACCCAGAGCAUAUGGUUUUUGAUCCUCAAUAUCCUGGUUGGUAUUAUGACACAAUGGUGCAGGAGUGGCGCUCCCUGGAAAGCUACACGUCAUCUGUUCAAUCAGCAACUGUUCAAAACCAUGAUCAGCAGAAACAAAAUGAAUUUGCCUUUGCUGAUUCAUAUUCUCAGAAUAGCAACAGUAUUUAUAGUGGAUAUGAGCAAGCUGACAAGUAUGAGUCACAAGGCUAUAAUGACCAAGACAAGCAUGGUCGCUGGGGUGAGUCUUAUGGUGACUACAAUCAGCAAGGUUUGAAUAUGUGGCAACCUGAUACUGUUGCUAAGACUAAUACUGUUUCAAAUUUUGAUACAAACCAGCAAUUGCAUAAUUCCUAUGAUUCAAAUGUGUCCAUGAACAAUCAUUUGGAGCAGCACAAAUCUCCUAAUUCUCUGGGAUCAGUUCUUUCAUACGACGAACUGAGUCAGGGUCCUGUGGAUCCUAAUGGGUUUGUAGGAUCACAAAAUUUUAUACCUAGUGGGAACUUUGGUCAGCAGUUUAAUCGGGGAACUGUGAAGCAGAAUGAACAAAUUAACAUUGCAAAUGAUUACUAUAGCAGCCAGAAACCAGCAGAUUUUGUGCCGAAAUCAUUUCAUAACAACCAGCAGUUUUCUUAUGCUCCCAAAACUGGGAUGUCAUCUGCUGGGCGUCCUCCACAUGCCUUGGUUACGUUUGGAUUUGGUGGAAAGCUCAUAGUAAUGAAAAAUGGCAGUUCAAGUUCUCUGGGGAAUGCAUCAUUCGCAAGUCAGGAACCUAUAGGAGGCUCAAUAUCUGUUCUGAAUUUGAUGGAGGUUAUCACAGGAAAUACCAACAAUGCUCUAAAUAUUGCAGGGAGCACAUGUAAUUAUUUUCGUGCUCUCUGCCAACAAUCCUUUCCAGUUCCACUGUUGGGAGGCAAUGUUGGAAGUAAAGAGUUGAAUAAGUGGAUUGAUGAUAGAAUUGCCAAUUGUGAAUCACCUGACAUUGAUUAUAGAAAAGGCGGAGUACUGAAGUUGCUUCUCUCUUUGCUUAAAAUUGCUUGUCAACAUUAUGGAAAACUUCGAUCUCCUUUUGGCAUUGAUGCUUCUUUGAAGGAGAGUGAUGCUCCAGAAUCCGCAGUUGCAAAACUUUUUGCAUCUGCCAGGAGAAAUGGCACACAAUUCAGUGAUUAUGGUGCUUUCAGCCACUGCUUGCAGAGUGUGCCAUCUGAAGGACAAAUUCAGGCAACUGCUUCUGAGGUACAAAAUCUUCUGGUUUCUGGUAGAAAAAAGGAGGCUUUACAGCGUGCACAAGUAGGCCAGUUGUGGGGACCUGCGCUUGUUCUUGCAUCACAGCUCGGUGAUCAGUUCUAUGUUGAUACUGUGAAGCAAAUGGCACUUCGCCAGCUGGUAGCAGGAUCACCUUUGCGGACAUUAUGCCUGCUAAUUGCAGGGCAACCGGCUGAUGUAUUUUCCAAUGACACCACAACUGGUAGUGGUCUUCCUGGUGCUAUAUCUCAACAGCCUAUCCAGCUUGAGGCAAAUAGCAUGCUUGAUGAUUGGGAAGAGAAUUUGGCUGUAAUAACUGCUAACAGAACCAAAGAUGAUGAGCUUGUGAUUAUUCAUCUUGGAGAUUGCCUAUGGAAGGAAAGAAGUGAGAUUACCGCUGCUCACAUCUGCUAUUUAGUGGCGGAAGCCAACUUUGAAUCAUAUUCAGACAGUGCAAGACUUUGUCUUAUUGGAGCGGAUCACUGGAAGCAUCCUCGGACCUAUGCUAGUCCAGAAGCUAUUCAGAGAACUGAAUUGUAUGAAUAUUCAAAGGUGCUUGGCAACUCCCAGUUUAUCUUGCUGCCAUUUCAGCCAUAUAAGCUGAUAUAUGCACAUAUGCUGGCCGAAGUGGGAAAACUUUCUGAUUCGCUAAAGUACUGUCAGGCAAUAUUAAAAUCUUUAAAAAUUGGUCGCGCUCCAGAAGUAGAAACAUGGAAACAAUUAAUAUUAUCCCUCGAGGAGAGGAUUAGAACCCAUCAACAGGGUGGAUAUGCGGCAAAUUUGGCUCCAGCAAAGUUAGUAGGUAAAUUGCUGAACUUCUUUGAUAGUACUGCACACCGUGUUGUUGGGGGUCUACCACCACCUGUACCGUCAACAUCACUAGGAAGCAUACAAGGUAAUGAGCAUCAUCACCAGUCAAUGGCGCCUAGGGUAUUGGCUAGUCAGUCAACAAUGGCCAUGUCAUCUUUGAUGCCUUCUGCUUCGAUGGAGCCCAUAAGUGAAUGGGCAGCUGAUGGCAAUAGAAUGACAAUGCAUAACAGAAGUGUUUCUGAGCCAGAUAUUGGUAGAACUCCAAGACAGGUUGAGUCACCGAAGGAAGGGGCCUCAUCUAGUGCACAAGGGAAAACAUCAGGUUCAGGCACGGCAUCUCGCUUUGGUCGUUUUGGUUUUGGUUCACAGCUUUUACAAAAGACAGUGGGGCUAGUCUUAAGGCCCCGUUCAGAUCGACAGGCUAAAUUGGGUGAGAAGAACAAAUUCUAUUAUGAUGAAAAGCUUAAGAGAUGGGUAGAGGAAGGUGCUGAACCUCCAGCUGAAGAAGCAGCCUUGCCACCCCCUCCUACAACUUCAGCCUUCCAGAAUGGAAUGUCCGACUACAACUUGAAAUCUGCACUGAAGAGUGAUGGAUCUCCCACCAAUGGGAGCCCAACAUUUAAGACUCCAACUCCUUUGGAACACUCUUCAGGGAUACCACCUAUUCCAACCAGUUCAAAUCAGUUCUCAGCUCGUGGGCGGAUGGGUGUACGAGCAAGGUAUGUUGACACCUUCAACCAAGGAGGUGUAAGCUCGGCAAAGUUAUUCCAGUCCCCGUCGGUUCCAUCUGUCAAACCUGCUGUUUCUGCAAAUGCAAAGUUUUUUAUUCCUACACCUCUGCCAUCAAGUGAAAGUUCAACAGAAACUGUAGCAGAAAACGUGCAAGAAAGCACUGGAUUUGCUGAAUAUCCUUCAACAUCUACUAAUGACUCUUCCCAAUCUCCCUCAUCUUUUUCAAAAAUGAAUAUGCAAAGAUUCCCAAGCAUGGAUAAUAUUACAAGAAGAGAGAGAACAGUAAAUGGCAAUGUCCCCAUACCAUCUCAAUCUCGACGAACUGCAUCAUGGAGUGGAAGCUUCAGUGAUUCCUUUAGCCCUCCCAAAAUGAUGGAAACUAAACCUUUAGGGGAGGCACUGGGCAUGCGUCCAUCAUCUUUCAUGCCUGGUGAUCCUUCUAUGACACGUAUGCCAAUGAAUGGUAGCAGUGUUGGAGAUGACCUUCAUGAGGUGGAACUUUAGGAGUAAGGAAGAUGUAAAUACCAAGUUGUCCCUUGUGAUCGAUACAAUACUUGGGAUGGGAGUAAUCGUGCACAUCUCGAAAAGCCACAAUGUUGGCAUCAGCAUCAAGAUUCAGAAAGUAAAAUAUGAUUUUCCCAAAAUUUUCCCAGUCAACUGCCUCCUCUUAAAUGUAAGUUGAAAUAUGGUUGGCAUAUAUUUUACUGCAAACUAAGCUUAGCCUUUAUUUUAAGGUCACAGGAUUUGCCACCAUCUAAUGCUUGAGGAGCUGGUUUUUGUUUCUUAACUGCAAAACAAAGGCGGCCUUCACAGGCAUUGAUGUACAGUUAGUUCAUUUGUUCAUUUGUUGAAAACAGGAAAAGUCUCUUGGGCAAGAUAGAAGCAAUCCCCCGAAAGGCCUUCUCAAGGGACUAAAAUAGUGUACUCAUUUGGAAAAAAAAAAAAGAAUAAAACGUUUUGUUUGCUCAA